UUCUAAAUAUCUCAAUGGUGAAACAACAUUAUUAUGCGUACUUCUUCAUGCUAUCUAUGAUGAUACUGGGCCAAGUAACAGCUUUUAGAGAGUUUCAAGGACAUAGAGACUUACUAAACUGAGGGACUCUGACUCAAUGAAACUCAUGCUCAGCUUACUCAGCCUGUUCUUUUUUAAAUGGAGUAUGUAAAAAUUCUCUUGGCACUAGAAUCAAGACAAAGCCAUACAUUCAACAAGUGCACUAUUCAAAUUGAGUCUCAGCUAAAAAGGUCGGAUACAUUUACAUGGGUGAGAAUAAUCAAAAUUCUGUCACUCUAGGCCAUGAAUCGUCAGCCCCGGUGGAUAAUUCUGAAUCACUAUGAGAGUGGAAAUUCGUGAUGGAAGAUUAUGAUUCAGUACAAAUUGAUAUCACCAAAAGCCCUGAGAACUAUGAGGACCUCUAUAUCUAUGUAAUGACUAAGAACGGUGCAAAUUAUUAUUACUUAAAUGAUUUAAGCUCUUGAAACUCUACUCAGAAUACACUGAAGCUGGAUGAUGUGAAAUAUAUAUCCGUAAGGGCUGAUAAAUUGUCACUUAACUCUGAUUAUUCUAUUAAAAUAGAAAGGGUUAGUGAAAAAACUAACGUACUUUCAGCAGUGGUUAUCUCUGUUAUCCUGGGAGUGGUCAUGCUGGCCUUUGCCAUAGUCACAUUUAUACUUCUCUUCCUUUCGUUAAGGCAGUGGAUGAGAGAAAGAAGAGCCAGAGCUGAAGUCGAGAGGGAAAGAAAAUGCUUAGUUCAUAAUCGAACUAAAUGGAUAAAUGACACUAUUGCCUCGAUGACUCAAGGAAGUAUUUCUAAUAUGGUUCAGAAAUUCGAACAAGAGAAUUGAGUUAUCUGCCUUGAAGAAUUUAAUAUGGACAGCAAUGUUUGUAUCACUCGGGAGUGCUCCCAUACAUUUCAUAUAAAUUGUCUUAAAGAGUGGUAUUGUAAUAUCAAGAACGACGAGCAUCUUAUAUGUCCUCAUUGAAAGAUGGUUAAUAAGCCUAACAAGAAGAGAAAGAACUCCUUUGAAGAGGAAGAGGAGAGAGGAAGCCCUAGUCAUAAUGUCGCUGUUGUGAGCUAUUCUAAUCCAAGAGUCCAACUUGAAAGAGAUAUAAGAUCAAACAUUGAAAACUUUCAAAAUAGAAGAGAUAGCAUCCUCCCAACUCGGUAGAUCUGAUACAACGAAGUAAUAAUCUCCGAUUAAAGGAUACA